AUGCCAGAUCCUGUGGUUCAGUUGCAUCACCCACAACUGGGAACGGUGAGCGGACGGCAAAGAGAUGGGACAGCCCAGUUCCUCGGACUCAAAUAUGGGGUCUUGAAGCAUCGAUUCGCGAUACCAGAGAUCAAUUCCGCUACCAGCAGUGGCAUUGUCGAUGCUACCAAAUAUGGACCUCCUGUCAUUUUCCUGCCCGAAUCCUGUGACAUGGAAAUGUCGUUUAUUCAACAAACCCUGGACAAGCCGAUUGUACCACCUCCUUCAGAUCUGGAAGGCUUGAAUCUUAAUAUCACUGUCCCAAUUUUCGAGGUUGGGCUUCCUCACGCAAAUACUCGCCUGCCAGUCCUUGUCUACGUACAUGGCGGCGGGUUCACCUUCGGGUCAAGCUCGUACCCUCACUACGAUCAGGCUCGCAUCGUUGACAUGGCUCGUCAGCGAGGGCAACCUCUCAUCGCAGUCAAUAUCAACUAUCGCCUAGGCAUUCCCGGCUUUCUCACUUCCAAGGAACUCCGCGAGCUGGGCGAAGGUUUCGGGACAAACAACGGCUUGCGAGAUCAUCAAACGGCCUUCCUCUGGAUUAAGAAAUAUAUUUCGGGAUUCGGUGGAAAUCCUGACGCAAUCACUGCCAUAGGUCAAAGCGCCGGUGCUGCCUCUUUAACUUACCAUCUUCAUUCUCGUCAACCUCUGUUUGAGCAAUGCAUUCUCCUCGGGGGAACCUUUCUCAUGAUGAGAGCUGGAGAUUUCCAUGUGCCUGACAGAGUCUAUAAAGAGAUUAUUCGAGAACUGGGACUGGAUCGGCUGUCGGCACCAGAUAGAGUUAAGUCGCUCUUGGAGAUGGAUGCAUCAGACUUCUUGUACAAGGUCGCUCCCAAGAUGACGCUUGGACCUGUUGUCGAUGAAGACAUCAUCCCGGAGGUGGCGAGGUUUUCCAACAUCGGGGUGGAGGACCUGCUGCCACUUCCUGGGAGGAAUUGGUGCCACCGGUUGAUGACUGUCGACUCUGCAUUUGACGGCACCAUCAUGGCAUUGGUCAAUCUUAAUGCCCGCGAGCAAGGCAUCCGAGAGGCCUUUCAAAGCUUUCUGAAAUCCAGUCCAAAGUUGAAGGACUCGUCCACCGCCCAGCGGAUACUCGACUUUUACGGCAUCCAAGACAACACAUCCGACCAAGAUGCGCUCCAUGCGAUCACAUCUUUCGUCACUGAUACCAUGUUCUACACUCCUUCGGUGGCCAUGGCUCGGGCCUGGCAAAAGUCGUACGUAUGCCAUUUCAACGAAGGAAAUCCGUGGAAAGGCCUCUACCAGGGCCGCGCGAAUCACAUGCUGGACAUUGCAUAUCUGUGGCAGAAUUUUAACCACACACUCACCCAGCCUCAGCAGGCCGUAGCAAAGGUGUUUGCAGAGCACGUUAUUGGGUUCGCGGCAGGGGGUGAGCCAGUGCCGUCAUUCCAACAAGCCCAGCAAGUGACCGUCUACGGACCCAGCAGUCUGGACAUCUACUCGCUUGUGUGCCAACUGGGCGACGACAACGUCACUUCAAGACGGAAGGCAAUAUUCCGAUUGGCCGAUGAAGUCGGAGGCUUGGAUGUGUUGUUGGAUUCUGCACUGCAUUUCCUCAUGGGGUGA